CAGUAUCAUUCAAAAUCAGGGUACCUUUUUGGUCGGGGACACAAUAUCUUGCAGACAAUGGAGGAUCAUGAUCCUGACCAAAAGCGCCGCAGAGCAAUAAAUCCCUCAUACCCAUUCGUCGAUCAGGCUGAAUGGCAGCUAGCAGAAUUCAUCGUGCAGCGGCUGACCAAAACCGACAUUAACAAGUUUCUGAAACUA